CACUCCCACAUCCGGGGGCUGGGGCUGGACGAUGCCUUGGAGCCACGGCAGGCCUCCCAGGGCAUGGUGGGGCAGCUGGCGGCCCGGCGGGCAGCAGGUGUGGUGCUGGAGAUGAUCCGCGAAGGGAAGAUCGCUGGGCGGGCGGUCCUCAUCGCCGGCCAGCCUGGCACUGGGAAGACGGCCAUCGCCAUGGGCAUGGCCCAGGCGCUGGGCCCCGACACGCCGUUCACGGCCAUCGCGGGCAGCGAGAUCUUCUCCCUGGAGAUGAGCAAGACUGAGGCCCUGACGCAGGCCUUCCGGCGGUCCAUCGGCGUCCGCAUCAAGGAGGAGACCGAGAUCAUCGAAGGGGAGGUGGUGGAGAUCCAGAUUGACCGGCCAGCCACAGGGACGGGCUCCAAGGUGGGCAAGCUGACCCUCAAGACCACAGAGAUGGAGACCAUCUACGACCUGGGCACCAAGAUGAUUGAGUCCCUGACCAAGGACAAGGUCCAGGCUGGGGACGUGAUCACCAUCGACAAGGCCACAGGCAAGAUUUCGAAGCUGGGCCGCUCCUUCACACGGGCUCGGGACUAUGACGCCAUGGGCUCCCAGACGAAGUUCGUGCAGUGCCCGGACGGCGAGCUGCAGAAGCGCAAGGAGGUGGUUCACACCGUGUCCCUGCAUGAGAUCGACGUCAUCAACUCCCGCACCCAGGGCUUCCUGGCGCUCUUCUCGGGUGACACGGGGGAGAUUAAGUCCGAAGUCCGCGAGCAGAUCAACGCCAAGGUGGCGGAGUGGCGGGAGGAGGGCAAGGCAGACAUCAUCCCCGGGGUGCUGUUUAUUGACGAGGUCCACAUGCUGGACAUUGAGAGCUUCUCCUUCCUCAACCGGGCGCUGGAGAGUGACAUGGCUCCCAUCCUCAUCAUGGCUACCAACCGCGGCAUCACCCGCAUCCGAGGCACCAGCUACCGGAGCCCGCACGGCAUCCCCAUCGACCUGCUUGACCGGCUGCUCAUUGUCUCCACCUCCCCCUACAGCGAGAAGGACACCAAGCAGAUCCUCCGGAUCCGGUGUGAGGAGGAAGACGUGGAGAUGAGCGAGGACGCCUACACCGUGUUGACGCGCAUCGGGCUGGAGACCUCCUUGCGCUACGCCAUCCAGCUGAUCACGGCCGCCAGCCUCGUGUGCCGGAAGCGCAAGGGCACGGAGGUGCAGGUGGAUGACAUCAAGCGGGUGUACUCGCUGUUCCUGGACGAGUCGCGCUCCACGCAGUACAUGAAGGAGUACCAGGAUGCCUUCCUCUUCAAUGAGCUGAAAGGUGAGACCAUGGACACCUCCUGAAUGGACGCCCUCUUCCUCCACCCUGCUUUUCCCCCGAGUUCUACACUGUGACUUUGUAUAAAAUGGUUCUGAAACUG